GCCCUGGCAUACCGGCAGAGCAGUUCCCAGACUCCGGAAAGCUGCACAGCUACUCACAUGCGGGACUCUGGCAGCUGGCAGGUUUUCUAUUCGGUUGCCCCCAGAUGGGGUCCGUUUCCAAGCAAAGCUGUUUGCUCAGUCGGGCCCCGAAAAAUCCUCGAAAUGACAUCCCAGCCAAACAAGAAAAGAAAGAAAGAGCAACCACCUGUGUUUGUUUCGUGCCCCUAGAAACGGAAUCCGCGUUUGGGAACUCAAAAGUCACCCCUUUGGGUCGACGUCCUUUCCACCUCAAGAGAGCUGGAGGUGUCCCACCUGGGCAAGGGCUCCUUCGGCGACACCUGGAAGGCCUACGACCGGCACCUGAGGAAAUACGUCGCGAUAAAGAUUUUCUACAUGAGGCACAGCUCGGUCGGGCGGAACGCGUUUUUCUUGACCCCGGCGAUUGUGCGAAAGCUGGGCGAGAAGGUUGCGGGCAAUGUAAAGGAGGCGGUGGAGGAGUGUGUGGCAGUGAAGCAUUUGGUGACUUCUAGAACGGCGGCCUCCUAUCCGGGCUCCCACAACAUGUGCCAGUGCUUCCAGGAGCACGUGAGCGACGCCCAGCCCUCAGAGCCCAUCUUCCUGGUGCUGGAGCUCUGCGGAAAGAGCCUGAGCCAGCGGCUCCGCGAAAGACCCAACUGGGCCUGGCGCAAGCAGAUCAUCACUCAGAUCCUCCAGGGCGUUGACUUUCUGCAGGCCAACGGCAAGAUCCACCACGACCUCAAGCCCGACAACGUUUGCGUCACCGACGAGGACGUAGUGAAGAUCAUCGAUUUUGGGGGUCUCCAGAAUUUCGGGAAGCUCAGCCACGGGUGCGCCUACACCCCGGCCUACUCCCCGCCGGAGGUGAAGUCUGGAUGCUACGACUUGCGCGGCCCGGUCUACGCCUACGACGGCUACGCCACGGGGCUUAUGCUCAUGGAGUUCAUGUGCGGUAGUUUGACGGGCAUUCGCCGGGGCAGUUCCAACCCCUGCUCCUACAGCAUUCUAUACGGAUCCGAAGAUGUGAACGCGCGCUAUGUGGCCAAGAUGCUCACGCAGG